CUAUAAUUUUAACAACUAACCUGUAGUCCAAAAUGGCCAGRAAAAUGUUGAGAAAAAAGCCCGAGACCACUAUUCAGAAAAAGGAACAGACAGAUCAUUACCAGGAGAAUCAUAGAGUGCAGCCAAAUGCCUAUGAUCAAGAAGGUGGUUACAAGUYGUACGGAUAUAAGGAUGUCCAGAUUCCAAGACUAAUGCGAGUACCUUUUGUUGAGACCAAGUACAGAUUUCCUGGACUAACAGCUGAUCAGUGUGUGUGGAGUCUGUUUGAACCACACAAUGAGGCUGUUAAUAUUUGGACGCACCUCAUUGGUCUUGUGUUCUUUCUUGUUUAUGUUUCCAGGUCAAUUAAAACCAUCAGUUUCUUUGAUGAGCCCCUAACACACCCAUUACUUGGUAUGAUUGUAGGGUCAACAGCGAUGUUAGUUACUAGCGUGUGUGCUCACUUGUUUAACGCCAUGUCACCCUACGCAUAUCACAUUUGUUAUUUCUUUGAUUAUGCUGGGAUCAGUUUUGCUACAUUCACAUUUUCACAAGCUCUGUUCUUUUAUUCUCGACCUCUUGGCACAUCGUGGACACUGUUUAACUCUCCAGAAACAUAUCUCUCUCUUUCUCUUCUAAAUUCCYUAGUCUGUACUUUUACUUGCUGCACUGUGCUUAUCAAGAGGCCGUGGUUUCACAUCUUUGUACGCUCUAKUGCUUAUCUCUCUCUGGCAACCUUCACUGUUCUCCCAUGCCUUGGACGUCUUGYGCUGUGUGCUCUUCAUCCAAGUAGCGACUGUGUAAUGGACUCUGCACCUCAUUUCAAACUAGUAGCUAUCUUCUUCAUCUCRGCAGGAAUAAUCUAUGUAUUCAGAAUUCCUGAGUGCUUGAUUCCUAAGAUCUUUGACUUCUUAGGCCACAGCCAUAAUAUCUUCCAUGCUUUGUCUGCUUUCGGAACUGUUCAAUUUUUCAUAGCCAUUUAUGAUGAGAUGUCCCAAAGAAGAGGAGAGCUGUUGUCCAGACCAUUGGCUUGGACAGAGUUGUCUGUUUUGUUUUGUGUGCUGGCUGGAGUACUGAAUUUCGGUUUGGUGUUGUGGUUCAGUCAAAAAUUGUACUCUAGGCAAUCAAAGCGGCAUUAACAAACUGAACCCACAUGUCAACUAACAGAAAUUUCUUCCCAGUCUGUCAUAAGCCGACUAGAGUACUGACAUACAGCCCUGUAGAACAUUGACAAUCUCCUAAGAUUAUAGUUUUUCAGAGCRCAUUUGUGUUUAAAGCUUUCACAGUUAUUGUUGCAUAAAACGCUGUUGUUCAAUAGCCYGAGAUA